AUGUUAAAAAAUAAUUUACGCAGUUACCAGGAUGAGCUGGCAGCGAUGACGUCAGGAAAGAAGAUGGAGUCGAAGGGUACCCAGAUCCAUUUGCCGCUGAUCAGCCGUGGGAGCCGCGGCGAGAUCAGCGACAAAGUGACCUUCUCGCAGAUCAAGUCCCCACCAGAACAGCUCAACAAUGGACAGGUUUUGGGGGGAUCGCAAAUAAAUCUUUGCAAUGGUGGAGCGGGUUCUAUGGGACUCGUUCCGAAGAUCCCGAACGGAUCAGCAUGUCAAAAGAAACCUAUGGCCACCCUUACACAUCUUCCAAAACGGCCACCAGUGGACAUCGAGUUCUCUGAUCUCUCUUACUCAGUCAGCGAAGGAAGAAAGCGAGGUUACAAGACUCUGCUGAAAUGCAUCAAUGGCACCUUUCGAUCCAGUGAACUGACUGCCAUCAUGGGCCCUUCAGGUGCUGGUAAAAGCACACUGAUGAAUAUCCUUGCUGGAUACAAAACCUCCAACGUAAGCGGUUCAAUCUUGAUCAACGGAAAAGAGAGGAAUCUCCGACGCUUCAGAAAACUAUCCUGCUACAUCAUGCAGGACGACUGCCUCCUCCCACACCUGACAGUGCGAGAGGCCAUGACAGUGUCCGCCAAUCUCAAGCUCGGUAAAGACAUGACGGUCACCGCAAAGAAAAUUGUUAUAGAUGAAAUUCUCGAAAUGUUAACGUUAAGCGACGCUGGCGACACUCGCACCAUCAAUUUAUCUGGUGGUCAGAGGAAGCGGCUCUCCAUUGCUCUGGAGCUGGUGAAUAACCCCCCUGUGAUGUUCUUCGACGAGCCAACUUCUGGUCUGGACAGCUCGUCGUGUUUCCAGUGUAUAUCUUUAUUGAAAUCUUUGGCUAGAGGUGGAAGGACGAUCAUUUGCACCAUACACCAGCCAUCGGCGAGAUUAUUUGAAAUGUUUGAUUGCUUGUAUACACUGGCGGAAGGGCAAUGCAUUUACCAGGGACCUGUGAAGGAACUGGUUCCAUUCUUGUCUACUAUGGGCUUGCAUUGUCCCAGUUACCACAACCCAGCGGAUUAUGUAAUGGAAGUAGCUACUGGUGAGCACGGAGAAUGGGUACACAAGCUGGUACUGGCUGUGAAGAAGCCUCAUGCGGAGCGGGUGCAGACUACCAGCUCAUCUUCUUCCGCCUCGAACUGUUUGUACAACAACGUAGCUAAGAACAACAUACAGAAAGAGGCAUUGGAAAUUGUUAUUGAUAAACCCACGUGCACGGUUCUUGAUCUCUCUAACAUCGAGCCAACAACAACAGAGAAACUACCCCUCCCCAACACGAACAACCUCGCACCAGUUACCUGCACAACAUCUCUCCUUGACUCCAACGAAAGCUUCAACAAGAAGCCACAAAAGACCGGAUUCCCCACGUCCGGAUGGAAGCAGUUCUGGAUCUUAUUGAAACGGACCUUCAAGAGCAUUUUAAGAGAUCCCAUGCUGACCCAUUUACGGCUGGUGUCUCAUACUGUGGUGGGACUUUUAAUCGGUAUCCUUUAUUAUGAUAUUGGAACCGAUGCAGCGAAAGUGAUGAGCAACGCUGGCUGUAUCUUCUUCACUGUUAUGUUUACGAUGUUCACCGCAAUGAUGCCUACAAUUCUUACAUUCCCAACGGAAAUGAGCGUGUUUGUGAGAGAGCACCUGAAUUACUGGUACUCGUUGAAAGCCUUCUACUUUGCUAAAACGAUAGCGGAUUUGCCUUUCCAGAUCGUGUUUAGCGGCGUAUAUGUGAUAAUAGUGUACUUCAUGACUAGUCAGCCGAUGCAGCUAGACCGGGUGCUCAUGUUCACCACUGUCAACAUCCUCACUGCAUUGGUAGCUCAAUCGCUCGGUCUUCUCAUCGGAGCCGCUAUGAAAAUUGAAACCGGCGUCUACCUCGGCCCCGUGACUACCAUUCCAGUGGUACUGUUCUCCGGUUUCUUUGUCAAUUUUAAUGCCAUUCCGGAGUACUUAUCCUGGCUGACCUACGUCAGCUACAUUAGAUACGGCUUCGAAGGCGCCAUGUUGUCCGUGUACGGAUACGGAAGAGAAAAACUCAACUGCUCAAUAGCGUAUUGCCACUUCCGGACCCCGAGUCUGUUUCUCAAGGAAAUGACAAUGGAUGACGCCAACUUCUGGAUAGACGUCGGCGCUCUCAGCGCGUUCUUUGUAUUUAUUAGAGUAAUCUCCUAUCUAGUUCUAAGAUUCAAGUUGAAGAUGAUGCAGUAG